UGCUGGUAUAGUCAGCUUUAUCCUAAGGACAUUGCACAGACCCUCCCCCCGAGCAGAGCAUCAACCCCUGGAGCAGAGCUUUCUGCUGGACCAGAGCAUUCCCACCCCCAGCACAGCACUGCUUUCAUAUACACAGAAUUGGGGUGAAAGGCUGCCCUCCACCCCCCAGACUGCAGGACCUCAUUACUAAAGCUGAACAUUUGGAGGCAGAGUGCACCCCACAAGCAGAGCAUCUCCCACUGCACAACAUCUCCAGCAGCAGAGCAUCCCACCCAGCAGAGCAUCCCACCCAGCAGAGCACCCCACCCAGCAGAGCAGCCCACCCAGCAGAGCAUCCUUCAGCUACGGAGCAUCUCCCACGGCACAGCAUCCUCUGGGCACGGAGCAGGAGACAGAUUCACUGCUGCAUGUAGAUACCCCGAGACAGGUCAGUGAAACCCGAGACUGCUCGUGCUCCAGGGAGAAAGAUGCUGCAGCGAGACCUCCCUCUGUCUGUGCUUCUCAUCAGCGCUCUGCUGUACUGCGCUGCUUCUAACAAAGGCAACAAGCACAAGCCAUGGAUAGAAGCUCAGUACCAAGGGAUAAUCAUGGAGAAUGAUCACACUGUACUGCUCAACCCUCCCCUGUUUGCUCUGGACAAGGAUGCUCCACUGAGAUAUGCAGGUGAGAUUUGUGGCUUCCGGAUCCAUGGCUCUGGAACCCCCUUUGAAGCUGUGGUUCUGGAUCGGACAACAGGAGAAGGGCUGAUAAGAGCCAAGGGCCCUGUAGACUGUGAGGCCCAGAGGGAGCACACCUUCACCAUCCAAGCGCACGACUGUGGAGAGGGGCCUGAUGGAGUGAACAGCAAAAAAUCUCACAAGGCCACAGUUCACGUGCGGGUGAAUGAUGUCAAUGAAUUUGCCCCCGUGUUUGGAGAACGGGUUUUCAGAGCCUCAGUCACCGAGGGGCGGAUGUACGAAAAAGUUCUACGGGUGCAAGCUUGGGACCAGGACUGUUCCCCCCAGUACAGCCAAGUCUGCUUCUACCAGAUACUCACUCCCAAUGUGCCCUUCACCAUUGACAAUGAUGGCUACAUAAAGAACACCCAGCCUUUGCAGGCGAGCGGGGAGAAAUUGAUCCGAUUUACGGUCACGGCGUACGACUGUGGGAAGAAGAGAGCUGUUGAGGAUGCAGAAGUUGAAAUCCAAGUCAAACCAACCUGCAAACCCAGCUGGAAAGGCUGGAACAAACGCAUUGAGUAUGUGCCUGGUUCCGGCAGCUUGGCCUUAUUUCCCAACAUUCAUUUGGAGACCUGUGACGAGCCAGUGGGGAACAUUCAGGCCACCGUAGAGAUCCAGACAAGCCACAUUGCCAAGGGCUGUGACCGUGACAAUUAUUCGGAGAAGGCCCUGCGCAAGCUUUGUGGAGCAGCCCCAGGGGACGUGGACCUUUUGCCAUCCCCCAGCCUCGUUCAUAAUUGGACUCACAGCCUCCCUGUUCAGGACACACAAGACAGCAGCCUUGUCUUUUGGUUUAAUGGAUCCCAAUCUGUGGAAGUCGCCCCUGGUCACCUACCAGCAGGGGGCAGAACCGCAGACCACCUCACGCUCUCGUUCUGGCUGAAACAUGCCGGUGGGAGCGGAGGACGGGCAGGGAAGGAAGAAGAGGUGCUUCUAUGUAACACGGUGCAGAACGGAGACGGGAGCUUCUCUCAUUAUACUCUGGCUGUACAUGGCUGCCGGAUCUCCUUUCUCUAUUGGUCUCUACUGGAAAGUGCCCGUCCUGUUAAGUUCCUUUGGAAACUGGAGCAGGUGUGUGAUGUAGAAUGGCACCAUUACGCUCUCAGUCUGGAGUUCCCGACAGUCUCUCUGUAUGUGGAUGGAGUCACCUACGACCCUGCGCUCAUCCAUGACAACGGAGCUCUUCCCCCUCCCAGGCGCCAGGCUCGGCUCAUGAUCGGGGGGUGCUGGGCAGCAGAAGAGAAAUUAUCCGUUAAAGUGGAUGACAACGAGACAACGAGAGUAAUAGGCACAGUUCCAGGACGUUUCCUGCGGGGCUACAUGUCGGGCCUUACCCUGAGACUGGGGCCUGUGGAUUCCCGGGAGGUGAUCGAGUGCCUGUAUUCCUGUAAGGAGGGAUUGCAGUUUACAGAUUUUGACAGCCUGGGGAAAGGAAUGAAGGUUCACGUCAACCCAGCCCAGUCCCAGCUGUCCCUGGAGGGGGACGAUGCUCAUUCAUUUAGCCGUGCCCUACAGCAUGUGGAGUACCUCAACUCUUUACAGUUUCCCACCCCAGGAGUGAGACCUCUCAAACUGCAGACUAUAGUCAAAUGUCCCAGUGAUGAAGGAUGUCUCACAGUGCCAGAUCUGGAGGGAUACCUUGUAGUUCUGCAGCCAGAUGCUCCUCAGGUUCAACUUUCUGGGUCACCUCGCUCUGCACACCCCAUCUCUGACUUUCAGGGGCCAUUGGGGGUCCCCAUAUUCCCAGACCUGAAGAUUACCUGCUCAGUUUCUCAUCCUAUCAGCUCAAACAAGCAAGAGAGAGCUCCAAGGGCUGAUAUGCAGAGUCCUGACGGGAUUGAGUGCUCGUUAGAAAAGUGUGAGGUUGGCGUUGUAGGAGAGGACCUGAACAUGGAGUAUGAAAGUCUGUCUGUGGAUGUCUCUUCUACAUGGCAGCGUGGCCUUGAGAUGGAGAACAGUUCUAGGAGCCUAAAGAUCACAGGGGUGCAGAGUGUGGCCGUGUAUGAGGACAUCCUGCGAAGCUUAACUUACCGAACAGUGGUCAGAGCAACUUUAUAUGCCCGCAAAUUCCACGUGUCCUGCAGUGAAAUGAAUGGGAGGUAUAUCAGCAACCAGCUAUAUACAGAGGUUGAUGUGUUACAUGGAAUCCACGCUGGGUCCCCCAAUCACGUCCUCUCCGCUCAGCAAUUUGUCCAUAAUGCACAACAAGCCCCUGCCGAGUUAUCAGGUCACACGCUGGCCACUACCAACCCCGGCUCUGUCUUCCCGGGAGUUGCCAUGGUGAUAAUCAUUGCCUGCAUUGGCUUCCUGGCACUGAUAGUCACUCUGGGCUUGUCACGGAUACACAGUGUACAGCAGAGAGAUGGAGUAGAGGAGCCAGAGCUGGAGGCAGCGACUCAGAGAGAUACCUUCUGGGAAGACUCAGCCAUGACAAUUACUGUUAACCCAAUGGAGUCCCUGCAGUCUCGUGGCUUGGUAUCAGCACAGAAAGAGCCUGUAUCAGAACAAAGGGAACCAAACGAGGAAUCGGGUUAAUUGGACACAUGAAUGAUCUUUCUUCACAUCUACUCAUCUGUGUACUUUUUUGCCUAUGUGUGAUUUCAGACUCUUUCCAUUGGGGAUGUGCCACACAUCUCUCCACAGGAUGAGUACUAGUCCCUGAAGAUCCGUUUUGUGGGGGGAGAGUACAGCUUAUCUUCUGUGGAUAUGUGCCACUCCUUUCUGUGGGACGGGUGCCACCUUGAUACUCUACUAUCAUUGUGAUAGAUGCUCCUUGAGCCCAUGAGUUUCCUGAAGGCCCAUCACCUCACUGUAGAGUGUGCGCCACAUCCCUGCAAUCAUCUCUCUGUGAGCUGUGCACCAAACCAUGAGUUUUCUUGAGGUGUCUGCAACAUCUCAUCAUCCAAUGGUCACCUCCAGUCACUUUGUGAGGGGAGGGCGAUAUCAACAUCUUGAUACUUUUCUAAAUUACGUAUGUUCUACUUGAUCUUCUAUUUUAUUUCUUUACUUUGAGCGUGUGAAUUUCUAUGCGGUGUGUGUAUGUGUGGCAUUGGCUCAUUGUAGCAUUCUCCUGUCCCAAUAUGGAUGCCACCAACAACAUCAUUUCUCAGGGGAAAAAACCUAUCGCUGUGUCUCAUUCCUGCUGUUUUUUUUGUGUGACUCGAGUGUUCCCAUCUUCACACAUCUAACCCCUGAGAGGCUGCAACCUUUCUCUCCGUUUGUCUCUUUCGCACGGUCUCUCACCCAGUAGGUUUCCCCAUUGCUGGAGAUCAGCUUCUAUGUUAUUACUGGUUCUAUAUUCUCCUCCAGCACAAGAAGAAACUUCACAGACUGACUUGGGUCCAACACAAUAUACCAGAGGCUGGUAGCCCUGCGCUAACACUCCACAAACCAAGGCAGUGUUACCCAUGUGGGUCCUUUUGUCCUCUCACUCUGUUCCUGUCUUUACUGUUGUGUUCCUCAAAAUCUCUCCUCCCCCUUCCCCCUCGCAUACCCAACUGCCUCUAUAACUGGGGUAUUUGCUGGAGGGAGGGAAUUCACGACAAUGAAUGAAAUAACGCACCAAUUUCUGGUAAAUAUAAAUAUAUAUAAAACACUAUAUAUAUAUAAAGGAAGAUAUAUAUAUAGAAAUAUAA